CAUGAAAAGGAGGACGUGAACAGCAAGUAGAGAAAUAAAUAAAAAAGAAGAGCAGUUAUGUGCCUAACAGCAGUACAGGAGUGGAGGGGGGGUGUUGGUACACAGAGAGAGAGAGAGAGAGAGAGAGGGAGGGGGGAGAGAUCUGAAGAAAGAUAGGUGUUUCAUUCAGAGACAGCUGGGCUGGCUAAAUGGGAAUGAGCCCUGUUAGCCAAUGAGUUUAAAGAGUGAAGCAGAUGUCAUUAGCCUGAGAAGUACCACCUCCAGAAUCUCCUCCAUCCCUUCAGUAAAAAAAGAGUGCAAUGAGAGCUGGGCUUCCAGAGCAGCGGCAGCCUUUUACACACACGGGGUACUUAUUCAUGAUACUAACAGCAGCCUGCCAUUCCGUAGGAUAUACAACUAAAGAAAAGAAGCCAUCUGGGAAUUGUUGUCUGGGACUGCAUGAAGACUUGACCUGUCCAGGAAUAAGAAAGGAAAGAGACUAUGAUUCUGCAAGAUGAGUUUGGCUUAGUUGCCUGGACAUGGCAGAGAUGCAAUUACCUACUUCUGUUAAUGUCCCUUUUGGCAAUGCAAACAAAGGCUGAUUUGGAGACACCAAAGGAAAAACACUAUACCUGGAAAACAGGUCAGUGGGGUAGAUGUAUGGGAGACGACUGUGGCCCAGGAGGGAUUCAGUCACGGACUGUAUGGUGUAUCCACAGUGAAGGCUGGACGACACAUCACUCUAACUGUAAACACCUCAACAAGCCUGACAGCCAGAGGGAGUGCUUUAAAGUGUGCGAGUGGCACCAGGAGCUUUUUAAAUGGGAGGUCUCUGAAUGGGGGCCAUGUGUUCUUGUUCCUUAUUUGGCCAAUGAUCAGAAAUUAAGGACCUCAGAGUGUGUCACUGCACAGCAUGGACUUCAGCAAAGGGAAGUUCAUUGUUUUCGGAAAUCCAAUAAGACAGCCGUGGCAAAUGAGAUUUGUGAAUUUUUUUCAUCAAGACCUACAACAGAGCAGGCUUGUUUGAUACCUUGCCCUCACAAUUGUGUUGUCUCCAAAUUUUCUGCAUGGUCUGGAUGCAGUAAGACAUGUGGGGCUGGAUUACAACACAGGACACGGGCCGUGCUGGCUCCUCCACUAUAUGGAGGAGUAAACUGUCCAAACUUGACAGAAACCCGAACCUGUAAAAACCAUCUUCCUUGUUCCAUAGGGGACGACGAGUAUGAAUACAGCCUUAAAGUUGGGCCAUGGAGUGAGUGUAGACUACCACAUCAAAAAGAUGUCUGGCUGAGCGGGAGGACAAUGCUGGAUUUUAGCACUGAAUCUGCAGAAAAAAACAUAGUUAAGCAUCAGUUCCAAAGUCAUCACAACAAUGCUCAUCCAAAAGAAUGGGACUUGGAGAUUGGUUACCAGGCUAGACAAGUAAGGUGUAUGAGGAGCGAUGGAAAAAAUGCAAUGCUGACGCUGUGCAUUCAAGAUAAUGCCCCAGUGACCAUUCAGUCGUGUGUCAUGCCCAGACAGUGUGAAACCUCCAACUGGUCCUCAUGGAGUCCUUGUUCCAAGACUUGUCAGUCAGUGGACUUGUCCCCAGGGUACAGGACGCGGACCCGUUCUUUGAAGCAGAUCCCUCUUGGCGGUGGCAAAGAAUGUCCAGCUCUCGAAGAAAAAGAAGCCUGUAAUAUUGUUGGUGAUUUCUUGCCUCAAUGCCCCAGGUUUGUGUGGAAGACCACCGAAUGGGGAGACUGUCAGAUGGCUCCUCUUCUCAGCCCCUUUGAUCGCCGCCAAAAUAAUCACUCAAUGCUGUGCGGAGGUGGGAUCCAGAUGAGGGAAAGAUACUGUGUGCAAAGUCCAGACGACCCACGCGCGUCACAUAAAGAAGUUUCUAGGCCUGUUAACGGAAAGUUAUGCUCUGGACCUACGCCAUCAGUUGCUCAGAUGUGUUCUGUCCCUUGCCCUCAACUAUGUUUGCUCUCCUCUUGGUCUGCGUGGGGCCCUUGUACCUAUGAAAACUGUCAAGAUCCACAAGGCAGAAAAGGCUUCAGAUUUCGAAGGCGACAAGUGAUUCAGGAGCCCAUUGGUAUCUCAGACAGCUGCCCACAUCUAGUAGAAUUUAUUCCCUGUGAGGACCCAAUCUGUUAUCAAUGGCAUGUGACAGAGAAACAUCCCUGUGAGCCGAAUAAAGAUACAUGUGGACAGGGGAUCCAAAAGCAGAAAGUAGUGUGCAAGGAUAUUGAAGGCAAAACCGUUUCAGAUGACCACUGUUUAGAUGAGCCACCAUCAUCUCGAUUGCCUUGUGAUGUGCCUUGUCCUCUUGAUUGUGUGAUAAGCGAUUGGUCACCUUGGUCAAGCUGCUCUCACUCCUGUUCCAGUAAGAAUGCAGAAGGAAAGCAGAGCAGGGUGCGAUCUGUUAUAGCACAGCCUGGUCAAGACGGAAAACCUUGCCCUUCAGCUCAGGCACUGGAGGAGUGGAGGCAAUGCAAUGAUCAUCCAUGCACUGUGUUUUUUUGGGAUGUCACUCCUUGGGGUCCUUGCACGGAAGACAUAUCUAUGACAACAAUCAACGCGACUAGCAACUGGAAUGGGAAGCCGACUUGUGCUGUAGGCGUUCAGACCAGGAAGGUUGUCUGCAUGAAAAUGAAUGUGGGUCAAGUAACACCUAAAAGAUGUCCUGAUUCUGCACGUCCUGAUACAAUCCGCCCUUGUUUACUUCCCUGCAAAAAGGACUGCGUUGUUACUGCUUUCAGUGAAUGGACACCUUGCCCCACUGUUUGUCAACCAGCAAAUUCAACAAGUAAGCAAUUCCGCUAUAGAAUUAUCAUCCAAAGACCUGCCAGUGGAGGAGAAGAAUGUCCAGACACUCUUUAUGAAGAGAGGGAAUGUGAAGCACUCCCACCCUGCCCAGUUUACAGGUGGAAGACCCAAAAAUGGAAUACAUGUAUGAUCGUGCCAGAAUCUGUCCGUCACAGAAUCACAGGACUCAGUGAAUCAUGUGGAUUGGGAUUAGAAUCAAGAGAUGUAACGUGUGUAAGUGAUGGUGACGUGCCAGCGGAUAUAACCUACUGUCUUCAGUGGGCCAGUCCAAUGCCCUCAGUGGUGAAAGAGUGUAGGGAGCCCUGUAGAGAUGACUGCACUUUCACCACCUGGUCUAAAUUUACAUCUUGUAUGGGAUGUGGAGCCAUGCGCAUCAGGAAGAGGUCGCUAACAGGCAAAAGUAGAAAACGAGAAAAAUGUCAGAACCUGGAACUUUUCCCCCAAACUGAAAUGGAGCCCUGUCCUUGUGAUGAGUUCAUCUCUCAGCCAUAUGGAAACUGGUCUGACUGCAUUCUUCCAGAAAGCAAAGCAGAACUUCAGCUGGGAAUACGAGUCCCAGGGGAUAUUAAAGAAUGUGGACAAGGCACACGCUACAGAUCAGUCGUCUGUUAUGGGCCAAAUGAGAGAAUAGUAGACCCAUCAUUCUGCAGCAGCUCAGGCUAUAUCGAAGAGAGUUGUACUGUUCCUUGUCCUUUUGACUGUAAGUUGAGUGAAUGGUCAAGUUGGUCAACAUGCAGUUCACCGUGUGGCAGUGGAGUGAAGGUGAGGUCCAAGUGGCUACGUGAGAAACCUUUCAAUGGAGGACGGCCUUGUCCAAAGCUCGAUGUAAAGAAUCAGGUGUAUGAGGCAAUCCCAUGUUACAGCGAAUGCAGUCAGAACAUCUGGGUGACAGAGCCUUGGUCAUCUUGUACAAUCAACUCAAUUGACAAAGUGCCGGAAUGUGGGGAAGGGGUGCAAAGUAGGAAAGUAAAGUGUACAAAUAUCACAAAUGAGGGUCCAAGUAUAAUUGUGGAUGAUGCCUUGUGUGAUCAAGAAGAAAUGCCCUUAAGGGCACAGACCUGUUUUUUCCCAUGUCCUGAAGACUGUGCAAUGUCCAAUUGGGAACCAUGGAGCAUUUGCCCCCAGCCUUGUGAUUCAAAAGAUGUUCGACGAAGAGUGAGGCACACACUGAGACUGUCAGUGUCUGGGAAUCUCUGCCCCCAAGACUCAGAGACAGAACCAUGCGUUCUUAACUCAAAUUGUUUUACAUAUCAAUAUAAUGUCACAGACUGGAGCAGCUGCCAGUUAAGUGACAACGCAGUAUGUGGACAAGGAACUCGAACACGACUGUUAGACUGCAUCAGAAGUGACGGAAAACCAGUUGAGCUGAAGUAUUGUGAAGAGUUGGAAUUGGAGAAGAAGUGGACAUUAACUAUUCAUUGCCUUGUGGAAUGUCCAGUUAACUGCCAACUCUCAGAAUGGUCAACAUGGACAGAAUGUUCAAAAUCUUGUGGGCUUCGGGGUCAGAUGACCCGUUCUCGCAGCAUAGACCAGCAGUCUCACGGAGAAGGAAGGCCUUGCCCCUCUCAACUUACUCAGGUCAAGCCAUGUCCAGUGAAGCCUUGCUAUACUUGGAUACUUGGAGACUGGCCAAAAUGUCGAGUAGAGGGAGCACAAUGUGGAGAAGGGAUUCGAAGGAGGAACUUGACGUGUGUGGUUCACAGUGGACUAGAUUCUGACUUCUCGUCUGCUAAACCAGUCAAGGAAGAACAAUGUGAGACAAAUCUGAUGAAAUUUAACAGCCGGGAACUUGAGCAGCCAUGUUCAGUUCCCUGUCCCGGGGACUGUCAUCUGACAGAGUGGUCUUCAUGGAGUUCUUGUCAGCUUACCUGUCUGGACGGACGAAGUUUUGAGACAAUUGGACGGCAGGCUAGAUCAAGAGCGGUCAUAAUUCAGGCCUUUGAAAACCAAGACAACUGUCCUCAGCAAGUGUUUGAAACGAGACCAUGUACAGAUGGUAAAUGUCAUACCUAUGAAUGGAAAACAAGUCCAUGGAGAGACAAUGAACGCUCCGUCUGGUGUCAACGCUCUGAUGGUGUUAAUGUUACAGGGGGAUGUUUUUUACAGAAUCAACCAGAGACAGUCAGACACUGCCAUCCACCUUGCACCAAACCCUUCUCUCACUGUACUCAGAAUGGUGUUUGCGGAUGUGAUAAAGGCUAUAUAGAAGUAAUGACCGUCUAUGGAUUCCUGGAUUACUGCACAAAAAUUCCUGGAUCUGACAAUAAGAAAGCUGAUGUGAAAACCAGCGUAGGCAAAUUCAAACCAGGAACUUCCCAAAUCCAGGAUUUUUUCAGAGACUGGCCUUUUCACCCAUUUGGGCCUGAUGGACGAAUAAAGAUGUGGGUCUAUGGUGUGACAGCGUGUGGAUUCCUCCUCAUUAUUUUCAUCGUUGCAAUGUCAUUUUUAGCAUGUAAAACGCCUAAACAACAAAAAUCUGCAGCCCCACAACAGAAACCUCUGACAUUAGGCUAUGAUGGAGAUAUGGACAUGUAAUUUCCUGAAGCCUGGUAAGAAAGAUUUGAAGAAACUCCAAGCCAAAUGUCAGACUGCACAACCAGUUCUCGGCUCCAAUCAAAGACAAAAGCUGGAUGUACGUCACAACAACAGAAAUCAAAUUUUGACAGCAAGAGAACAAACAAAUUGUCUUUGGGAAACAAAACAUUUUUUGCCCUAGGAUCUUUCUGAAACUCUCUUAUCUUGCUUUUGUCCGCUUGAAGAAAAAGAAGAAAUGAUCAGAAUAUUUUGGAGUCACCCCUACAGAUACUACAUAAUUAAAGAUGUCAGAACCAAACUGAAAAGGGACCAGUCAUUUUCUUUUUGAUUUCAAUAGCAGUGCAGUCAGCUUACACUGGCGAGUCCGAGAAGCAAUGAUCUUCACGGGAAAAAGACUCAUUUUUUGUGCUGUUUAGGAAUAAUACUCUGAACAUCUGUUAAAAAAAAUAAAUGGACUAGACUGAUCAAAUGUAUUAAAACAAAAAUGUUUAUAAUCAAGACUGGACACAAAGCAAGGUGUACAUUAAUUUUUUGAACAUGGAAAAAGCAAACUCAUACAAUAUUUGCACUAUAUUAGUGCUGAUUAUUAUUUACAAUUUGAAAGACCAUUUUUCUAGUGUUUACACUGUCAAUACAAAGAACUUUGCUGUGAAAUAUGUGUUUUAAAUGACAUUAUGGGAUGUAUCUGCAUCACUGGUUGCUUCCUCUGGCAAUCCUGUAUUACAACAAUUCAUGCCAUUAUUUAAAAGAUAAAAAAAAUGAUUGAGUACAUUAAUUAAAUACAGAAUGAUACCGAUGAUAAAAGGGUGCCUCUGCAAGCCUUAGACAAGUAUAAUUUUUCCUCACUAGUUUGAAAAAUGUAGCAUCCAGACUUUGUGCCCUAUAAAACAAUGGAGAUCUUUGGCUGGAGAGCAUUGUGGUGAAUUCAAUUAUGGCACAUUGGAGAAGAAUAUAGUGUGAAACAAGGGCUCUGCUAAGUAAAUAAGAACAGUUUUUGAAUUAA